ACCGGACCCGCCUUGCAUCCAUUUUUUGGACCCGUUCUCCUUGCUUUCAUCCAAAUCGGAGUGACACAUGCUACAAAUUUUUGCCGCAUCCAUGAAUCGUCGGGCCUUCCUCGUCACCAGCCAACCUAUACCCGUCUAGCGAUGGCGCCGUCCCCAAGAGCCCACAGUCUGCCGACUUCCCCUUCAUCAGCAGCAGACCCGUCGCUGGCUUUGACGCUGUUGUCGGUACUGAAGUCAUAGACGCGGUCAACAGAAGCACCAUUAUAGUCAUCAAAGCCGACUGUAACCAGUAGACGAAAACCCAACUCGGAAGUCGCUGAAAUAUAUUAUCACAAGCCAAUACAAGCCAAAAGGCAACCUCAAGUGACGGGAUUCAGGGUGGGAGUGCUCUAAGUGCGUACCUUCAGAUUCAAAAUUCGAAUUUGUGUUAAACUUAUCACACCAAACAAACGCGAAAAUGCAAGGCAGCGAGGGCGAGAAAAUCUUUGAUUCCUACAACCUAAACCCGCAGCUAUUCGUCAAUGAAGUUACCGAUUCCGUGAACACCAUUGUAAAUGAAGCUUUUGACUUCUUUCUGCAGGAAACAGCAACAGUUCUGAAAGUCGAGGGUACAGACCGAUUUGAACCUCUAAAAAAGGGUGUAGAAUAUAUACGGAGCAUGGUUCAGUCAAAGCUUGACCAGCGUCAGUAUAUGUGGCAGAAGUACUGUCUGAGCCAGUGCUUUACUGUUCCACAAGGGUUCUCUUUGCCUCAAGCCGAUAAACCAUCGCUUGAUACUUCCUCAGAUCAGGACACAGAACUGGAUGCACAGUUGGAUUCCUUGAGAAGCAAACUUGCUCAGGUAGUUGAAGAGUCCACUGACCUCAAUAAAGAACUUCAGGAAUUGGAAAUGCAGUCAAGUAAGAGGAAAUGCUCUGCAGCUUCUCUUAAUGAAGUGAUACAGUUCUAUAAUGAACUGGGUUUGCAUGAGAAGUUUUCAGAGUUGGUAACAACUGCAUCGGAGCUCCGAUCAUCGUUGGAGAAAAGGGUAACACAAAUGUGUAGUGAGAUUGAACACGAAAGAGCAGAGAAAAUUCGCAAGUUGGACGAUGAUGAUAAGCUUCGCCUGAAUUAUCAUGGUUAUGGUGACCAUUCUGGUCUGAGUAAUGCCAAACUUGAAGACCUUAAACAAUUUCUGGAUGAUUUGAAGACACCAAAUGAUCUUUAGCUUGUUCUGAGUGUGAGCUAAUGAAUGAUACACAACUCUGUGUGGCUACUCCCUACAAGGUUUCGAUCCAAAUUUAGGCGGGUAUUGGCAUGUUAAGUGACCUGCUUCAUUUUUGGGCUGUGUACUCGUGGGUAAAAAUAUAGUAGAAAUGUGGCACAAUAUGCAAACAAGAAUGCUGUAUUAGUGAUGCUGAUGGGCAUGUUUCUGAAAUGUACAUUAUUAAAUUAAAUAACUAAAAAAAAGCGCUCACCAAGCCUUCGUUUUGUUGAAUCUUACCGGGGAAAGACAUGUUUCUUGAUGCACUGUAUGUGUCAAGAUAAGGUGUGUGCACAUUCUUUUUUCCCUAACUAUGGGCCAUGGGCUAUAUAACACAUGAGAAAAAAAGCAAUGAAUAUGUUGAUAAAAUAUCUAUGGGCUAUGGCCUAUGGGCUAUCGGCUAUGACACAUGAGACUAUGAGC